UUGCAAUUUGUCGACAUUUUCAGAAGCUACCAUUACGAACAAAGGCUCCAUUUUGCACCUUCUUGGCGUUGCGCGCCCAGCCUCUUUUAUUGCGCCUGACGACAAGAACUUGCAGUAACUGAAGCCCCCUUACCCACAAUCUCUCUUCUUCUUCUUCUUCUUCUGGGUUGCUCUUGCUUUUUUUUCCAGGGCUGUAGCAUUCCUGUUCGAUCGGGUUUUGGGAGUUUCGCCUUAGCGAUUCUGAGUUUGUAAUUUUCAGCAUUCACUUGCUUCGACUGCGAUUCUUUAACUUUGUCUUGCUGGCUUUGUUUCGCUCGAGUUGAUUAGGUCGUUGUCGUAGUUUUUAUAGCUAUUCGCCUCGGGGCUGGGUCGCAUCAUCGAUCGAAUGGAAUAUUCAUGUCCUUAAUUUAUUGUCAAAGUGACAUUCCUGCGUGCUUUGGUUUCUCAGGUGGGUGAUUUCAUGUUCAGCAUUGAUGCAGCCGACUGGUGUUUCGGGAAUGGUAAUGUUAACAACAAAGAUUUGAUGGUAAAUUGCAAACUUUCCAGGAUAAACAGUUACGAAAUUAUGGCAUGGGAUCUCUGGGAUCCACCCCAUAUCCAAGGUGAACCAGAGAGCAGCAUCGACAUGCCACUUGGGUGUCAACAUGACUUCCACGGAGGUUGUGGUGUUGAUCUACUAGAAGGGAAUGCGGCGAAUGAGCUGGCUUGUGUACAAGUGCUGCAAAUAUUGGUAAGGAAGGCCGAUGACGAAAUCGAUGAACUAGAAAAGCAUCUGGUGUGCCUGCAAAGUGAACUAGCGUGUAUUGAAUAUGAAGAAUGGCCUAACAUAUGCUGCAAUGCAUUGAAAGAAAAGAUUGAUUACUUUCGUGUAUCUCUGAAGUGGUUGAGGUGUAGAGAUCAGGAUGAUUCUGGCGCUCGUUCAAAUGUGAAUGAGGAACCUACUGAGAGAAUGCAUGACAUGGUGAAGGCUCUACUUAGGAGCCACUGCCAUGAAAAGGACCAGAAGCAUGAACGUUCUCUGGAAACAGUUGAUGAAAGUUCCAGUACAGAUGCAGUAGAUGAUCCAUCUGUUCAUUCCGAUUCUGACGGGAAACAACAGGGGGAACCUCAUCCUGAAGCUUUAAUUGCAGAGCCCUCAAAUACCACCGUCAAAAGCUCCAGUUUGUCUGCUCGAAGAGAUGAAACUACUCACAAUGGGAACAUGGUUAAGCUGUGUGAGCCUAAACUGGAAGUUGUCGACGAUGUUGAACAUGGAAAUGGUAGUGCUAGCGAUACGAGCAGAAUCUUAAAUCAGCCUAUGGAGCUGCAGGGGAGAACUGCGAAAUCUGAUGAGCCUCCAGAUGCAACCACUGAGUAUACUGUUCCAGAUCCCUCUAUUCAUGAUGGUGGUUGCAAUCGGAGAACGAAGACACCUAACGCUGUAACAGGAGCACUUCCAGAAAACAACAGAAAUCCUGAUGAAGAGCCAAGAUAUAGCGAUCAAAUGCUGAAAAUUGCCUUGAAAGAUGGAAAGGAAGAACUGAAGGGUGCUCUUACCAAGAAGCAGGCCUUGCUGAGCUCAUCUCCGAUUGUUAGUGGGAAAACCAGAAAUCCUGACACUAGUAGUUCUGCCUUGACCUCAUUGGUAGAGCCAGGGGACCCGAAGAGUGAACAUGUGAUGAAGACAGAUCCUGGGGAAGAAGUACAAAUUUCCACUGCAGUCAAACUACAGGAUGAUGCUUCUGUUGCUGAUAGAUCCAACUUGAUCCAGUCAAAGUGGCCACAUAAGCAGAAGGGUAAGAGGGAAACAGAGCAAAAUUUAUCGAGUUCUAAAAGUUUGCAGCAAGUGGAAAUUGCACCAAGUGCAUCCCUUUCAAACACCGCAGGGGGACGAUUAUUCAAAAUUGUUAAUAAGUGCCCCAAUGUAAAUGAGCCUUUGACUGGAAAGAUUUUAAAGGAGUUUGUUCUUGCAAUCCACUCUGAAGCCAGACAUCCUGCUCUUGCCCCUGAUGUUACUGCAGGUUUGGUUUCUCAGCAACAAGGGAAAAGACAGAAGACAUCGAACACAGUAACUUCUGUGUGGGUUACCCACAUGGGCAACUUUGAAGCAGAAGUAUCUGAUUCUGGAUGUAAGACCAAACCACUGAUGAUUAAAUCUGAGAAAUCAGAUGAUUUACACAACGAGCUGGGGAUAUUGCGGAGCCCUGCUGAAGUCAGUUUGGAGAGUUUGAAGGUAAAGGAUCUGAGGGACAUUGCAAAGAAACACAAACUCAAAAACUACUCUAAGCUUAAAAAAAAGUUGCUGGUCGAGCAAAUAGCUAAUAAAGUCGGUCGCUGCUAGAUUACAGGGUUGGCUCCAUCUUCAAAGGACCAUGGCCGGAAAUCAUACAUGAGGUGAUACAAAGUAACAGGUACUUUAGUAAGAAAAGCUUUAAUACACAUCUUGUUCAGAUGUACAUAAAUAGGUAUUCACAUGUGCUGAAAGAGUAAGCAUGUAGGAAAUGAUAGAACAAUUACAUAGUUACAGAAUGUCAGAUCUUCACCACAAGUUCAUGUACUGAAUCACUCAUCUUUUGCACUUCGUACAAUUGGGCAAGUAGAAACAAUGUGUUGUCCUGGAGUUAGAGUUUGUAUAUUUUGUUUGUGAA